AAAGGGUUAAACCAGGUGGGGUACAGUUCGGUGCAAGAGCAAGAACAGCGCUACAAGCAGCAGCAGCAGCAGCAGCAGCAGCAGCAGCAGCAGCCCACUGACAGCACAAUGACCUCCACUGGAAUGAACAUGAUGAGCAGGAUCGUCUUCUACGAGGACAGGAACUUCCAGGGCCGCUCCUACGAGUGCAUGAGCGACUGCCCCGACAUGUCCUCCUACAUGAGCCGGUGCCACUCCUGCCGCGUGGAGAGGGGCUGCUUCAUGGUCUACGACCGCACCAACUACAUGGGCAACCAGUACUUCAUGAGGAGGGGCGAGUACGCCGACUACAUGAGCAUGUUCGGCAUGAGCGACUGCAUCCGCUCCUGCAGGAUGAUCCCCAUGCACCGCGGCUCCUACAGGAUGAGGAUCUACGAGAGGGAGAACUUCGGAGGCCAGAUGUACGAGCUGAUGGACGACUGCGACAACAUCAUGGACCGCUACCGCAUGUCCAACUGCAUGUCCUGCAACGUGAUGGACGGCCACUGGCUGAUGUACGAGCAGCCCCACUACAGAGGCAGGAUGAUGUACAUGAGGCCCGGCGAGUACAGGAGCUUCAUGAACAUGGGCAUGAGCGGCAUGAGGUUCAUGAGCAUGAGGCGCAUCAUGGACUCCUGCUAUUAGAGUCUGCACUGAAUAAAACUGUCACCACCUGA